CAAAACUCCAAGAACUACAUUGACGUUAAAACAACACUUUUAUUAGCAAAGACAAAGUAAUCAAAGACAAGACAAAUCUAAGAGAGGUCGUCCACAAUAAAGCUCGUCAAGCGUAAUAAAACCUGCUUAACUAAGCUUGCUCAUGAUAAUUCUAGUUUACUGAUUGGCAAGUUGAGGACAAAGGUUAGGCGUUGGUUGACAGACAUACGCAAUUGCUUGAUUGGAAACGGAAUAAACUGAGCGCAUCCUUCGCCAUCAGUCCACAACAACUUGCAGGUUGAUGUCAUCGAGUCUUACCUGUCCUGGUGGAUAAGUCGAAAGUAUAGGCGUGACCAUAAGCAUGGACGUCCGAUGGGAACAUUACAUAAACGGUGGCUCUAUAAGGAAGUUUAGGGAAGACGCUAUCGAACAGACCGAAGAAGUUGAAAAGCACCUGAGUACCUUAAACGGCAUUAAACAACAUUUAGAAGCUAUCGACGCCCUCAUUGCUGAACAGCCUUCUCAAAGUUGUCAGGAUGUUCUGGCUGUAAAAGGUUUCUGCGAGAAGAUUCUAUUUAGCAACUACGAGUACGUGAGUAACGGUGCUGCUGCCGUUUCAAUGACGUCCCGUCAAAUCAAGGAAGAGGAAUCAAACAUUCCGGCUUCAAUGCAACCUAAAGUGAAGGAUAUCAAAGGCUACUGGAAAAAGAUCGAAGCGCGAAGCAGGAUAAUUGAGAGUCUGAUACAAAAGAUAAACAAAAGGAUCCAAGAAGCCGGAAAUAAAGGAUACAAAAUCUCCGAAAGCGAAAAGAUUGACUUUGAAAGGGAUAUAUUGGAUCUUGAAGAAACCUUAAAGAUAUGCGCUGACUACCUGAGCCAGGUAGGCAGGGUACAGAAUAUGUUUGCUUCAGACAUCAAUAACUAUUUGAGUAGUGUUGGCGUGCUUACUGUCAUUGGAGGGGGAAUUUGCAUCAUUGGCGCUUUCACCGCUGUUGUCGCAGUUGUCGCAGCAAUUGCACGGCCUGAAGUAACAGCAGCCUGUGCAAGCUGCCUUCCAGGAGGAGCACUGGCUAUGUACAUACAUAAUUUAUAUCGCUUCUGGUGUAAGUAUCCGGUGCGGAGAGCUAAAAAGGAAGGCCUGCUCUCUGAGUUAAGGACUCUAGAAAUGGCUGACAGAAAAAAUUAACAAGGUUACGAAAGUAAAGAAGAAAAUUGAUCUUGGACAAAUUUUCAAAGAAUGAAAACCGAGUAAAGUUACAUUCAUUUUGCACUCAGAUUACAUACAUUCUCUGAGUGUGAUGAAUACACAGGGUUCAGCGGGGACACCACUUACAAUUCUGUCGUCAGGUAUACUUGUUUUAGGGUAAUUUGAUAUUCCUUUACUGCAGUUCUCAUUUACUGCAAGUUUUGCCCCCGAUUUCUCCGCUUUCCCCGUUGCACUUCAGAUGUCUUUUAACCACUGACGUUGCCGUUGCCGUCGGGGUUUUCUUAAACUCCUUUUUUAAAAAUAUGACGGAUACACCGGGGAAAGUAUGUGCAAGUGUGUUAUACAAACUGAUAAUUCUGUCUCUCUGUCAGUGAUUGUCCAUUGAUAUUUGAACGUGUCUCCAAGGGUUUCGUUAUUCGCGAGAUCGUACUGAUCUCUGCGAAGUUAUGGAGAUAGCAUGCUU